AAAAUCGACUUCCAAUCCCGACGAAACCCUAGAAAUCCUCCGGCAUGAUGUCCGCCGCCAAUCCGCAGGUCAAGUCCACGCCGCUGCCUCCGCCCGCGGCGCCCACCGCGGCGUCGCAGAACCCGCAGGUCGCUGCCUCCAAGGCGUCGUCCUCUUCGACGUCCGCCGCCGACCCCAACCCAAACAAGCGGACCAACCCGGGCAACGCCGCUGCCGCCUCCGCGCCCCCAGAGCCUACCCCGAGCGUCAACGGGGAGGCCAGCCGCUCGCCUCUGGUCCCCUCGCCGCUCCCUCACCCUCACGAGCAGCACCACCCUCCGCCCGGCGCGUCGCCUCUUCUGCCGCCCCUGCCCCCGUCGCGGCCGCUGCUCACCGUAGCCGCGGUGGAGGCGGUGAUAGCAGCCAUCCCGCCGCCACCGCGGUACGGGCUGGAGGACCUCGACCGCCGCACCGUCGCGCUCUCUGACGGCACCGUGCGCACCUACUUCGCUCUCCCGCGCGAGCCGCCGCCGCAGCUCCGCCAGCCGCCGCCGCCGAUACCCGCGCAUCUCUUAGCGCCGCCACCGCCCCCACUGCCCCUGCCGCGCCCGUCCCUCGAGCGGUGGGCUCCUCCGCCACCCAUGCCUACACUCCUGCCCGCUGCCGGGCUGCUUCCGCUGCCUGUUCCGAAACGGAAGUGGGAGGAUCAGGUCAAUGGUGUUGUGCCCUGGGAGUCCUCCGUAAGCACGCUGCAGAAGAAGUCUGAGGCGCAUGCUGCGAAGCAGAUGAAAGUGGAGAAGCAGGUGAAGGUGGAGGAGACGGGGGUGGACCCGAAGGUGCUGAAGAGCGCCUUUCUUAAGAUGGUGAAACUGAUGAAUGAGAAUGAAGCGGAUAAGAAGAAUUACUGGGCCAAUGGGAAGCUUUCCCAGCUGAAGUGCCCUGUAUGUCAAAGGGAUUCUGUAGAUUUGCAUGCACUCCUCAAUCAUGCAUACUAUGCAAAGAAUCAGGAGCAUCGUGCUGAUCACUUAGGGUUUCACAAAGCCUUAUGUGUUCUUAUGGGUUGGAAUUAUUCCGUAGCCCCUGUUCACAAAACCGCUUACCAAGCAUUAUCAACUGUCGACGCUGAAGCCAAUCAAGGAGACCUUAUCUUAUGGCCACCAACAGUUAUAAUUGAGAACACAUACAAGUCAAAGAAUGAUGGAGAAAAGGAUGUCAUGAGUGAUAAAGAGGUGGAGAGCAAGCUUAGAGAAAUGGGCUUUGCCGGUGUCAAUGUGCAGCCGCUCCCUGGGAAGGACGGGCAGAGGUCGGUGCAAGCUAAGUUCUCCGCCAGCCUCGAUGGUCUGAACAACGCGUCACGGCUCGCCGAGUUGUUCGAGCGCCAAGGCCACGGGCGAGCAGCCUGGGCUCGCGUCCGGAGCGCCGUCCCCACAGGCGGUGGGGGCGAUAACAACCCCAUGCUGGUCAAGGUGGAUGGCAAGGGAGAGCGGACAUGGGUCCUCUACGGUUACCUUGCCACGGCAUGGGACUUGAAUGUCCUGGACCCUGAGUCGAAGCAGAACGCCACUGUGAAGAGCAGGAAGGAACUGGAUUUAGAUUAGGACCCACCUGAAUACCUGAUCCUGCUAGAGUUGUGCAUGUUACCUGACGAGUUAUGAAUCCAUGGACAGUGUGAUUCGAGUGUUUGUGUUCACGGCACAGCAUUUAAGUUCGAGAAGAAAUUCUUUGCUG